AUGAACGGAAUAUUUGCAGCUGACCUUGCGGCUUAUCUGAUCCUCUCGCCGAUCGUCGUCUACAAUUUUAUAACUCACCGAUGGACCGGGUUCUUAGCCUGGUACUCCCUAGCCAUGUUCUGUUCCGCUCGAGUUAUUGGAGGUGCUCUAGGGGUUCGUGACGCCAGCAGCAUGACAGCAAACAUAAUCCAGAGCGUGGGAGUCACGCCACUAGUUCUAUGCGUUGACGGAUUGGUUCAUGAAGCUCGAACGUAUCGCUAUCCUUAUGCUAGUCGACGCCUCAAUUGGUCCGUUGUGGUGGGGACAUCAGUCACCAUGGUGGUAGCUAUCAGUCUCUCCAUCAAGGCAUGUCUGGAUAUUUUCGAGGACAAAGCACAAUCCGACGAUUAUUCAUUAUGGAAGGCUGGAUCAGCCCUAGUCGUUGUAGUUUGGAUCUUCCAGAUUGGGUGGUCGAUUUAUUCCCUGCAAUUCCAUGAUAAGGGUAUUCAAGGUCCAGGAUAUCGAGGCGGCACUGCGCUCCUUCAGGGUGCGCUGGUUGCACUAGCAUUUGUUGGUGUCCGCGUCAUCUACGCACUUGUUGCUGUUUGCACGGAGUGCAAAGAUCAUAGUCCGGUCUAUGGGCUAAUGUCUGUACGCGAUGUUCUCAUGUUUCUUCCGGAGUUAUUUGCGACCGUAGCCAUAAUGGUCGUUGGUGUCCGCACCCGACAUCUCCGCGAACUGAAAGAUGAAACGGACUAUGGAAAGCUUGAUGUCGUCCAGCCGACUUCGGUUGGCAUUGCGGCUUAGCAGCGGAUGCCUUCCCCCGAUUUCUUAUGUCAAUAGAUCUUGAUUUCUGUUUCUAUGGCGUCGCAGGCAUCUCUUUCCCUCUGUUUCUCUUUCACUUCUCGAUAGAUUAUGUUUGUAUUCGGAAUUCAGAUACCAUUUUGCAGCUUCUACUCUUCUCAAAUCCAACCAUGUCAAUGUCAAUAUCCCCACCCAAAGUGAUUAAUCAUAGGUCAGUUCGCGUAGCUCUCACACAGCCUCUGGCGCUGCGGCGUAUCCGGUGUCUGCAUUUGAAUGGUCGAGCGCUGAUGAACUUGACCAAAUGCAGACGGCUGUAGACUGUACUUAUGGGUCAUGACCCACACUAAAGCAGAGUUAUAUCACCCCG